AUGGGGCACGCCGCUGCUCCAAGAGAGCUUAUGAAACCCUGUCCCACAGCAAUGCUCUAUAUAAGUCAAACUCCAGUGGUCAGAUGCACAACUCUUCACUGGAAUUCUACAAAGUCCGUUCUGUUUAGAUCCCUGGCGUUCAGGAGAACAAACAUGCUAAGGAUUUUAGCAGCCCUCUGUAUCCUAGCAAGCUGCUGGACGCACGCUUGCCAGGUAGGAGAAAUCCAGACAAUGGAGAACUUCGACAGGCAUAGGUUUGCAGGAACGUGGUAUGCUGUGGCCAAGAAGGACCCAGCUGGGCUCUUUCUACUAGAUAAUAUAGUAGCCGAGUACAACGUUGAAAACGACAAUACGAUGAGCGCUACCGCUAAGGGCAGAGUCAUCAUCUUAAACAACUGGGAGGUCUGCGCCAACAUGUUUGGAACAUUCGAGGACACGGCAGACCCCGCGAGGUUCAAGAUGAAAUACUGGGGAGCAGCUUCUUAUCUUCAGUCUGGAUAUGACGACCACUGGAUCGUUGACACGGACUACGACAACUAUGCCAUCCACUACGCCUGUCGCCAGGUGGAUUAUGACGGAACCUGCCUGGACAGCUACUCCUUUAUCUUCUCUCGUCACCCCACGGGCUUGAGACCUGAGGACCAGAAAAUUGUCACUCAGAAGAAGCAACACCUCUGCUUGCUCGGAAAAUACAGACGUGUCACCCAUACCGGGUACUGUGACACAUGAUCAGCACAGUGGGCACGCUCCGAAGCACCCCUUCAAUAAAAGGAGCCCUCCCCAAUAACAAAGGGCUUAAUGUGUUGCGUAUGCUAAUAUAUCUUGCUCAUGCUUCAGCCAUUUUGACGGUUUAGCAUGAAAAUGGAACAAUAAAACAAGGGGAAUUCAUUAA